GAUAGAACAGACAGAUGAUUAUUUCUCUCUCUUAGGCAAGCAAAGCUACUGUGUGCCUCGCUAUAAAAGGCCCUCACCAACCCAGCCCUUCUUCUCCAGAGCACCAAGAGCAGCAAACCAAGCUCAGUCAUCUAACCAAACCAAGCCACAGCUUGACAGCUAGCUAGCCGGCGAGCCUCUACGAUUCACAAGCACUAGCAGCAAAGAAGAAGAGAGCAAGAUGUACCACCAUUUCCAUGGCGAGGUGGCAAGCCUCCGCUUCCUCUCCCCUCCGAACGCUUCCUUCGCCGCGCACCACCACAUGAACAUGGCCCUGCCGCCUCAGGCCUACUUCCCGCCGUCCUUCGAGCCGGCGUCGGCUUUACAAGACGCCGCUUCUCUCCUCGCCGGCGACGGCGGCGACGCGGCCAGUUUCGAGCUCGACACCGUCGUCCGGGAAGCGGCCACUCACUUCGCCGGCCGCAAUGGCUCGCCCAGCUCCGGCUCGGGCUCAGACGGCGGCGGGGGCAGCGGCUACCAGAUGAACGCAGCGGCGCCGGCAGCCGCGGCCGACGAGGAGCGCCGGCGCCGGCGGAUGGUGUCGAACCGGGAGUCGGCGCGGCGGUCGCGCAUGCGCAAGCAGCGGCAGCUCAGCGAGCUGUGGGCGCAGGUCUCGCACCUCCGCGGCGCCAACCGCCGGCUCCUCGACGAGCUCAACCGCGCGCUGAGGGAGUGCGCCGACGCCCGCCGCGAGGGCGCGCGGCUCAGGGACGAGAAGGCCGAGCUGGCCAAGAAGCUCGAGCAGCUGCUGAAAGCGGCCGCGGCCCCGGCCACGGAGAAGAGCGCCGCCGCCUCCUCGACCAACCGCAGCGGCUCAUCGGAGCCAUGCAACAACACCACCAGCACCAGUGAAUGAUCGAAUACAUUAUCCGACCCAAUUUUUACUUGAGAGGAUAAUUAUUGGAGUAUAUCAAUAAGAACAUGUGUGAUUAAGCAAGGAUAAUUUGAGGAGAUUGAGGCAUGCGUGCGUGCAUCCUCAAUUGAAUAUUUUUGGGACGUUUUUGUUUUUAUUUCUAAAGAGUUGUUUUGCUAUAUACCCUACGGAUAAGUUAACGUGGAUCAGAUCAUCAUAUAUU